GCGGGCGAGAGCUUGCUGUGAUUUUGUUUAUUUUUUUUUCCAAGGGUGAUCAGUGCUUCAGAUACUGUCUGAACCUGGGAAACCUUUUUCCCGCGCUUCCACCUGUGCAUCACUUUGAUCGACCGGGUUCGAGGGGACCUUAACGUCAAUCGCAGGUCAUUGUUGACUGUGCUGAGCGAUAACUAAUAGUCGUUGAAUUACUGCCCUGCUUACUCAUCGUCGAAACUGAUUGAUUGUGAAAGCGAAAAAAAUCCCCCCCGACUAUCUUGUAUGAGAGCAAUGAGGGAGUCGCUGCCUUAAGGGAUUCUCUUGGCUUUGAUCGUUGUCGAGAGUCUGUGCGGGUUUGUUUGGUUUGGCUGGCCGGGCUGGCCGUCGUCAUGCCGCUGAUGAUGGACGAUUCAAUUACCGUGGACGACCUCUUUGGGGUGUCGACCACUCUGGAGCUGGGAUUGACGUCGCCGUCACCCUCGUCGGUUACCAAAGGAUUAGCCCAGCGUAUUGACGAGCUGCGCUUGCUGGGCUGCUGCCAAAAGGUGGCAUGGUCUAAGCUGGGCUGUAUCGCCUGUAUAUCACAGGAUGGCCUACGCGUUAAUGUCCGCCAUCUCCAGUGUCGCCCGUCAGACGGCAAAUGGGUCUUGAGCGCCGAUACCCCCCUGCUCCCCGUCACUGAGGCCCAUGGCGGGAAUCCCCUCGUCCAUUUGUCAUGGAAUGAAACUGGCUCGGAACUGGCGAUCGCGGACUCGUCCGGACGGGUGUCCAUCUACUCGGUUUCCAUCGCUCUCAACAGCAUCCAGGGCCUGCGCCAGGCCAUCUUCGACCAGGAGGACGAUGCGGCGCAGAUCGUGGGGAUGAUGUGGCUGAACAGUCAACGAUCGGUACAUGCCUUUCAUCAAGCAGCCAAAAUGAAUGGUCGUUGGGCGUACUCGCCGUUUCGGCGGCGUCCCACCCCGCCCUUCCACCCGGGAAACAAGCCCGCCUUACUGACGUUGUCUCGAUCGGGUCAACUGAAGCUGCUCUACCAGAACCCCGACAGCAGAUGGGCCGAGCUGUCUGCAGAGUUGAAGAACACCGGCCACUCAGACAGACUGCUUACACAUGCCACCAUGGUUGCCACGCAGAAUGGUAUCCUAGUUGCUACCUAUUCGUCUUGUCAGAAGAUUUGUCUCUAUCGCGUACAGAUUAAUUGGACUCAACUUGACAACAGCCAACCGAAGCCUGCUCCACCGUCCGCUCAGUUCCAAACGCCAGCUUUUCGCCUCCACCAUGUCAAAAUAGAGUCCCCGGGUAAUUUCCUGGGCCCAAAUCGCAAUCUAGGAGAAUCGUCGGAAGAUUUCCCGUCUUUCCCCAGCUCUGUUUAUUGUCUCACUCACCUCACCAUCAUCCAGAAUCCACUCGAUAACCCAACCGGAACGGCCACUGGUCCAUAUAUGAUUGCAGUCUACGCAAACCCGCUUUGCGCGUCUCCAGAUCACGCAGGGGUGCACGGUUCAGCAAGUGUCAUUGUCAGGUGGCAACUAGACACUGCUUCCCAGACCCUUCACCCAAAAUUCGAUGAAGUGGCCUCGAAGAAGACCAGCAUCCAAGCAAAGCCCAAGGUCGAGCUUCGCAGGCUAGAAGAUGUUUACUCGGACAAACACGUUAUCUCGGUCGAAGUCACGGAAUAUGGCAACGUUCUGGCAUUCACUCACGAUGACGGAUCAGUCUCGUUCUAUGACCCUAAGAAUAUGACCACUUUCAACGGGGUCGACGAUACAAAUACAGUGACGAGUUUGGCUCAAGUAGGGUUUCUCUAUCCCAUCGGGAUACCAGGUUUCCAUGUUGCAUUCUCACCGAACGCUUGCAUUUAUGCUGUAUUGGAUGGGGACUGGCAGAUGCACCUGAGAGUUAUGGAGCACUCAUUUGGUGCGGAACAAGGGCUUUACGACGACACUAAAUUUUCGGCAGCUGUUGCAUCUCUGACAUUAGCAUUUUGUCGUGGGUGUGGCAGUGAUGUAAACACUGAUGAUAUUCUCUUUCUCACCUUACAGCAACUCUCUUCUGAGGCUCAAAACACACUGAUCAGCGAGAUAUACCGGGCUUUACCAAUAAACUGUAACUUUACUGCCGAACAAGAGAAGCUACUACACCACCCUUACAUCCCACGCAGCCUCAGUCUACAGGCUGCCUUGGGGUUCAAAACUAGUUCCAAACCACGCGAUCUGGUUGCGGCGGUUCCAUGGGCAAUUCUUAACCUUCGCCAUGCCUCCCUCCUAUUCGUCUACUUCUUUCAAUACAACAAGGGCCCUCAGACCGAGCCCCAUGACGCAUAUGUUCUACGGAUGGUUCUCGGCAAUACUAAAUGGGCACUUGACUUUUCCCAUUAUAUCAUGAAUGAGGUGUUCGAUCUGGUAGACGAGUUUGAAAGUGUCUUUAACGACCAAGAAGCAUUUACACAAAAGCUGAAAUCGACCAGCUCUUUGGCCCUGAUCAUCCUUUUGUCGAGCAUGUCUCGAGCAUUUCUCCGGUACAUCUGUCGCGGGCUACGGGGCGUAUAUGCCGGGUUCAGUAAUGCGGUGGCGCUCUCCGGCGACGCAAGAGUGUAUUACACGGAGAUCUGCCAGACGCUGGACGCCUCCCCGGUCCAGAUCGACGUGUACGAGAAGUUUCUCGCCGGGGUGGAUUCCGCCGUGCGACACGCCUACCAGGGCGCCGGCUUCGGGGACGCAGAGCGCCCCAACCCGGAAAAGGAGCUGCUGGUCAACGCGCGCAUCCCGCCCGUCCUGAUCCCCGCCGUGGCCACCCUGCUCAAACAGACGGUCCCGGCCUUGAAGCCCGAGAUCGACCGCAUGGCAAUCUACCUGUGUGACUAUAGCUGGCUUGGCUUCACGGACGACCGGCGCACAGAACUCUACCGCAAGACUCGUAGCGUGGAUGUCCUGAAAAAGAUCCCCCUGAGUGUCGUCCCCAAUCCGUCCUGCGAGGGUGAGAAUGGCAAGAUGACAACGGCUACUCCCCUGCCGUCGCCGCCGCGUCGCAGACGGUGCGUUCGCUGCUGCGAGAUCUCCGGCGACAUAUCAACCCCUCGCUCGCUGCUUUCCUUCCGCAUGGUUGCCAAGAUGGGGAUUUUGCGGUCCUGUCUCUGUGGCGGGAUGUGGACGUUUGCGUCGGGGUCGGGGGACCCGGUGGAUAAUAGUUGA